UUGGCAGAGGGGGGUGGAGGGCACUGAAUGGAGGCCAGUGGAGGGGUGGAGGACACUGAAUGGAGGCCAGUGGAGGGAUUGGCAGAGGGGGGUGGAGGACACUGAGUGGAGGCCAGUGGAGGGGUGGAGAGGACACUGAAUGGAGGCCAGUGGAGGGAUUGGCAGAGGGGGGGUGGAGGACACUGAGUGGAGACCAGUGGAGGGGUGGAAGACACUGAAUGGAGGCCAGUGGAGGGAUUGGCAGAGAGGGGUGGAGGACACUGAAUGGAGGCCAGUGGAGGGAUUGGCAGAGGGGGUGGAGGACACUGAAUGGAGGUCAGUGAAGGGAUUGGCAGAGGGGGGUGGAGGCCAGUGGAGGGAUUGGCAGAGAGGGGUGGAGGACACUGAGUGGAGGCCAUGGAGGGAUUGGCAGAGGGGGGUGGAGGACACUGAGUGGAGGCCAGUGGAGGGAUUGGCAGAGGGGGGUGGAGGACACUGAAUGGAGGCCAGUGAAGGGAUUGGCAGAGGGGGGUGGAGGACACUGAGUGGAGGCCAGUGGAGGGAUUGGCAGAGAGGGGUGGAGGACACUGAGUGGAGGCCAGUGAAGGGAUUGGCAGAGAGGGGGGGGGGUGGAGGACACUGAGUGGAGGCCAGUGG